CAGCAACACAACACACCCACCACCACGCAGCAAAAAGCAUCAUACGUAACCGUCCUGGGUGCCGGCCAGGACACGACCCGGGUCGUCUCUACUCCUACCGCCACAAACACCGCGAAUCCGUCUUGAACAGCCCGCGUCCCCCGAUCCUGCAGAGCCCAAGCAGCUUCGCUGUUGCUGCAGCCUGAAAACGAUCAAUCGCGCGCGUCGUGCAGCUGUGUGUCAUCUCGAGAUCCGAGGACGGCCUCCGUCGGGGAGAGGGUGGGUCUCGUACCCCCAAAGAGAGAGAGAGAGAGAGAGAGAGAGGACUCCAUUCCGAAGCAAACACCACCCGCUCGACACAAAUGGCACCGUCAAAGCCUCCCCCGCCGGCCCCCCUCCCCGUCGCCCCCGACCACGCCGUCCUCUCCAACCGCCUCAACCUCCUCCUCGCCAAGCAGUCCGCCCUGCGCUCAACCCUCCUCAGCACGCAGAAUACCCCUCCUCCUGCUCGUCCCGGCUCCUCCUCCUCCUCAUCUACCACGGCGCAGCAGCAACUCGCUGCCGCAAGAAGGGGACCCGCGCAAAAAAACACCGUCAACGCCAACGCCAACGAUGACGACGACGACGACGACGACCGCCUCGUCGCUGGCGCCAACCCCAACGCCGGCGCCGGCUACGUCCCGGACAAGAAGACCGCCGCGGGCACCUUGCCGGUGGUCACGGGCAACAGCAAAGCGGACCGCAUGCUCAGGGGUAGGCUGCAAGGGAGGCACGGCGGCGGCGCGACUGCCAAUGCUGGUGCUGCUGGCGCUCGAGCGGCCGGGCGACACAGGGCGACCGUCGAGAGCGAGAGCGAUGAAGAUGAGGGGCGCACCGCGCUUGGCAAGCGGAAGCGCCCGCGUAGAGAGCCGCCACAGCCCGACGCCGAGGCUGCGAAGGCGGCGCGAGACGCUGCACCGGAUGAGUCCUACUCCGCUGGGGAAAGGCAGCCGGGCUCUGGCGGUACCGUUGUGGCUCUAAGCGAGAGCCUGCCCAUUGACGCACCCAUAGCGCAGGGAUACAAGAGCGAGGUCAAGAGAAAGAAGAAGGAGAAGAACAAGGGGAAAAGUAAGAGAAAAAAUGGAGAGUCAGAGCCAUGAACAUAUGUCCCGAGGUAAAACGUCAUCUCUGACAUUACUCACAUCGCACCGCGGUCGAUUGCCA